AUGCGAAGUGGUAUACACCACGAUCCGGAGAUAAAUAAUACAGACUUACUAAAGCCUUCUGCUGCGGAGACAUCGGCGCGUCAUCUCUACAGCAACCUUCUCAGUCAUUCUCCUGGACGAGACCUGCUUAGCAGGAAAGGAGGUAAAUCCAUCAAGGAUUUUACGCAGGACUGGAUCAACCAAUAUCUCUCAGGGCAACUACGAACGGAGCGAAGCAACUGGUUGAGCGACGACUCCGGUAGCGAGGCCCCCUCGUUCUUUACCGCGCAAAACCAUUUUGCCGACGACGCUUCGGACGACUGGCUUGGUCUGGAGGAGGAUAGACCUGGCGAGGACCUGCUUAGAACCCCAACACUCGCCGACUUUGUGAGCCGACGAGCACUCGCUGCUAACGGCGAGAAUAGCCUGGGCCGCCCGAAACUCAAGGAUUCUCUGCAUAAACGAACUGACACGCUUCGGCAAGAAGACUUUUGGGGGUUCGCUUACGACAAGGAUCCCCAGUCACUUACCAUGACAGAAUUAAAAGAUACACAACAUUCAGCGGAGAUGGAGACCGGCAAGGCGCCGUCGCCGGCUGAGAAGCCGCUGCCUCCUCCGCCUCCAGCAGACGCUGAUAGCGAGCCCCAAUCAUUAUCGCACCCGUCUGAGAGCUCAUCCACUCCGGUACCAGUCAAAAAGCCAGCCCUGGACAAGGAGCUGCCUACGCCAACGCCAACGCCAACGCCCAGGCCCAGGAAGAAACUCGUCUGGCGCGGGAAGGCCUGCAUUAUUGCCAUCCCUGUCGAUGACAAAAGAGGCACGGAGGAGUCUGGGUACCGUUUACUGUCAGUCGAAGACGUGCAACAGCGGCUGAGACAGUGGGAAGACGAGGGCUAUGAUAUCCGUGGCUUCACUGUCGGCGCGCCUGAGGACUUGUCAGAUCUUGAACUGGGUGGGCUAAGCCGCCGGCCAUUCCCCGACUCUAGGGAUGUCCAGGAGGAGCGGGAGGCCGGAAAAUACACUGUCAGCAUUCCAGAUAAAGCCGAAUGGGAUGCGUAUGUCAGCUGGCUUCAGGAGGAGAAGCUGCGGGCUCUCGGAGUCUCCCUUGGAGAUGAGGAGAUGCCACCAUCCAUCUCCCCUGCUUCUGCUGCUCUUAGCCAGAUGGCCCCUUUCCCCGGACUUAUCGCAUCGCCGCCGAUUCCUACGGCUUCAGCAACCAGCAACCCGCUAUCGAUUCCCCACCAUUUCUCGCCUCACUUCAAUCAGUCGGCGAAUGUAAGUAAUGGCAUCGGUUCGUUGGCGUCUCCGGCCUCCCAGUUCAGUGUACAGACGCCAUUCUUCGGGGUGGAACAGAAUCUUUUGCCGGGGUAUCUUCCGUUCCAACCCACACCCCCUGCUCAAGGCGCUCUUACUCCCCAGGGUUUCUUCAAUGUACGCCAAGGAAAUGUUACCUCGACUAUAGGUGGCAACCUUCCCAAUCUGACGUCGAUUAUGUCGCCAGUUUCUCCUUUGCAUGACCAAGGCGCAUUCCAUCCAGGUCUGGAGGAGCCAUCACUCCCAUCAAAGGAUUCUCAGCAUGGACACUCCGAUCAUGGUCCGCAGGAAGCUGUGCCGGGAGGCACCCACCCACGGGCAGAAACGCCGGAUCACUUCCACGCGUCAAACGUCGAAAUCGCUCAGCCGACACCGCGCGGUCACAGUCGGGGCCAUAAUCUCAGCGAAACCCUUCAGAAAGGCCUGGACCAGGUUGGCCCCUCUGAUUACCACCUGGAGGAAUCAAUAGAACGGCAACUUGAUGAGGAUGAUCGAGAGCCAAUCCGAAACAAUCUUCACAACUCUGAGCUCUUCCACUCACGAUGGGCAUUGCCGGAUAACGACCACCAUGGAAUGCAACGUGUACCUCAACAUCUCCAACAAUUUUACGGCGAGAACUACGUGCAAGUUCACGCCAACGAAGGAUCGGAUAUUGACACAAAUCCGAGUCUUUCUGGUGCUCCUCAGGGACAUGGGUCACUUACCAACAACAUCCCCUGGCAUGAACCCAAGCCAAGCUCAGGUUCAUUCGUCGGCGGACACAAGUCAAAGCUCUCAACCUCGACUCUCAAUGUGGAGGCAAGGGAGUUUGAUCCCAGCGGCGCGUCAACCGCGCAGAACUAUCCACCCCAAGGCAGUGCAUUCCAAUUCUCAGGCAUGGGAGGCCCUGCAUUUACUUUUGAGGCUGGAGCAAACUUCAUACCUGCCGGUGGUUUCAACGUUGCUGCUCCCGCCUUCAAUCCAGCCGGCAACCUUGGCCCCUCAACAUCUGCCCAGUUUUCGGCCGGCCGAGCGAAGAUCUUUGGCGACAUCGAUCUUUCCCAGAUUACUAAACCUCCUAAGAAAUCCAAAGCCAUUCCAAUCGUCCGUCCCGAUGACAACGCCCAGGAUAACAAAAACAAAGCCAACGCCGAAGACGACCAUGGUCGGGUUUCAGCGGAUCGUCACAAGCGUGUUCGUCGUGGCCAGAGUCUUGAGGGAGAUGCUCAAUAUGCUGUACCCAGCCAUCCUCUGACAGAAACGACUAAUGCUCAAGGGUCUAAAGCGUCAAAUGUUCCUCGAGACGUGCCUGCGGAGGGCAAAGAGAAUGAGGUACCGGGACAAAUUGCACACGGCCUGAACCAGAAAGAGGCUGUUGACGAGGAGAAAAAGUCUGUGGAACGAAACGACACGCCCGUCAGUGAAGCGUCAACAUGGACUCCUUUUGACACCAAGGAAGAAAGGGCAGAUGUACAGCCAGAGUCCCAAGGACAAAAGCAAGAGGGUGACAAGGCCACGCAGAAACCUGUCCCUUCAGUGGCUGGAGCCGCGGUUAACGACGAGGCCCCGACGAAGAAGACCGCAGAGACCAGCGCCAAGAGCUCGUUUCUCAAACCGACUGCAAAACCAUUCGAAUUCAAACCUGCCGUCCCUGAAUUUGUACCGACUGUUUUCGAGCAACCCACUUCUGCACCUGCCCCUACCCCUGAGAAGCCGCGGAAUGAUCUCAUGGCGUCACGUUAUGCUGUUGCAAGCCGUCCUGCUUCUCCCAAGCGGGAUUCAGUACCCUCUGAGUCUGCCGAGCCUGUGGCUCAUGCAGCCGAUGACGUCCCUACAGUCGCAGCGGAUAUGCCGGAGGAUGACCUCUCAGGGCCUGUUUCUGAGGUGGACUCGCCGAAUGAUGAGGAAUUGAAUGCUGUCAUGGAGCAGCUCAAUGACGGCUCUGACGUUGGCAUCGAGAGGUUGAGCACCCCUCGGCCUGCAUAUCAGCCGCCAGAGUCAGCAUUGGAACCGUCCAAAGAGAAAAGACACGUCCAUGCAGACAUCCGAAGCGAAGCACCCAGCCCAAGCCCCGGACGGGGCCCUGUGGUUCAAGCCCUUGAGGUUCCUAAACUUGAUUUCGACGCAGAUUCCCAGGCGUCCAUGUCUCCGUCUAGGGGUGUCAUUGGCGGCAGCCAUUCACCCGUUCGGCAGCUGAUCAGCCGCAACGAACAUAUCAGUGACUGGGAUGAUGUGAUCUCCUCUGGCGAGGAUGAGAAGUUGGUCAACAGAAGCCGGUUCUUUGACCGCCGCGUCAACGAUCUCAUCGGCUCGGUCUUAGAAGAGCGCCUUUUGCCUCUGGAACGUGCGUUGGAAGCCAUUCAGGAAUCGGUUACGAUGGUUACGGCUGGUGCGCAUGAAAAAUGGCUAAGCAGAAGCGUGUCUGCCCAAAUUGAAGAAAGCGAUGCCGACGACGAAGACGAUGAGUACGAUGAGCACGGUUCGUAUCGAGCGAGGUCGCCUUUCGCUCGGAGAGAUCGCAAGCUCGAGAGACUGAAGAACGUUAUUUUGGAUGCUCUCGCCACUCGCGAACAGCAGCAGCUCCCAGAACCCACCGAAAAUCCGGAGUUGACGAAACUGCAUGACAUGGUCAUGGAGCUCCAUUCCUUAACUGCACAAAAGUUUUCAGAAGAUCCCAUGGCCAAUCUGAGGGAGAUGAUGCAAGAGGUCGUUUCAAGCCAGCUGGUUCAGUACCAACCUCGACCUUCUGAUGCAGAGGAGAUUGGUGCCGACAGUCUCAUGCUGCAGAUCGAUGGCUUGAAGAAUAUGCUACGCCUAACCGAUGAGAGAGCCGAGCAGGAGUACAAACUGCGCAGAGAGGCACAGGACUCUGUGGCGGAGCUUCAGCGACUUCUGAAGCUUGCGGAGGAGGAAGCCGCUCGUCAUAGCGAGGCCGCUGAAUCUGCUGAAGCUCGUCUGCUCCAGUUCAAGGAGGAAAAGAUCCCCUAUUUUGAACAGAUCCAGUUCCGAUUCGACACUCUGGAACAGGAACAUGCCACGCUCAAGCUUACCCUUGCCGAAGUCUCCUCAAAGAAUAUCUCUCUUGAGGGUACUCUGGAUGAGUACCGGUUUUCCAGCGACAACUGGAAGCGCGAGAGUGAACAAGCGAAGAGCGAGCUCGAAAAAACGAAGGCAGAAAACGAGAAACUCCGGGGCACCAUUGAUCACCUCAAAACUCGGAUUGAGGAUGGCCUGAGUAUCCGGCAGAAUCUGAGUGAGAAGUUCGACCGUCUUCAGGACGAGAUGGUGGCUGUGACUAGGGAUAUCACCAGAGACCAGGCUUUAUGGCGGAGACGGGAAGAGGAGCACAUCGCGAAAUAUAACGAGCUACGGACGGCUUAUAGCCGAGAGGUCAAGCUACGUGAAAAGCUUGAAAACGACAUCAGCGAGUUGGAGCAACAGGAGAGGGAAGCGGCCAAGCUGAAGUUUAUUUUUGGACAAUCUCAACAAGAAAACGCUAGGCUGGAGGAGCUGGUUGCUAACCUGAGGCUGGAGAACCAUGAGCUACAGAACAAGGCUGCUCGUUAUGAGCGCGAGUUUAACGAAGCACGUGAAACCAGUCGCACCGAAAUCCAGCGGACUAGGACUUACCUGGAGGCAGACCUCGAAGCCGCCAAUAGUCAAGUCAACAUUGUUCGUGCUGAGCUGGAGGCACAAAUCAUCCGCCUUCAGAGUCAGUUGGAUAAUGUGCGCCUAGACACUGACACGGCGCGGGAGCGCUAUGAGUUGUUGCUGGAGGAAGCCAGCGAAACCAAGGCCAGUGCUUUGGCGGCCGCAGCUGAAGCUAAGGAACGUGCCAUGGAGGAUCAGCGGAGAACGCAUGAACGCGUUCUGAACGAUCUACGGGAGCGUCACGCUCGUGCUCUGCACAACUCCACUGAGGAUAGGCAGCGGGCCGAGUCCCAUUUGAUGGAACGACUGGCAUUGGCUGAUGACAAGGUGCAUCAUCUUGAAGACCGUGUUAAGCAUCUCGAAGAGAAGCUAGAGAUUGCGAAUGCGGCCGCGCGGGCGGCGGCUGAAGCGGCUCAGACAGUCAAGGCAGAGUCCAGUCAAUCCCCUGUUGCGCACUUGACCUCACCGUCCAUGACCUUCAGCAAGAAUUCCAUGGUCCCAGAGAAGAUUUCCCCUCAGGCACUGCGCGAGUCUAUCCUUGUUCUGCAGGAUCAACUGCAGCAGCGCGAGGCACGCAUUGAGGAGCUGGAGCAAGAACUCUCCGGCGUGGACAAGGACGCGCCGAACAAGCUCAAGGAGAAGGACACUGAGAUCACCUGGCUGCGAGAGCUUCUCGGUGUUCGUAUUGACGAUCUCCAGGACAUCAUCAACACACUGUCGAGCCCAUCUUUUAACCAGCACGCUGUGCGCGAUGCGGCUAUCCGUCUGAAGGCCAACCUGCAAAUGCAGCUCCAGGAACGCGAACGAGCUCAGUCGGGCCAGAACUUCCCUAGUCUCCCAAGACUCGCUGAUUUGGCUGCCUCGCCGCGUUCUCUGCCUCUCGCCGCCGCAGCGGCGUGGGGGAACUGGCGCAAAGGCAGGGAGAAUGCAAACUCUGCCUCUGAGCAGACGCCAUCCAAGUCAAGUAAUGCAGGCUCAUUUCUUUCGGGACUCCUCACGCCUCCGAGCUCCAACUUCCGACAAGCUCCUUCAAAUCCGGGUGGCGCUGCCACCACCGGCUGGAGGCGCUCGUCGGAGACUCGGCCGCUGAGUAACAUCAACACGACGCCUAGACCGCUAUCUUCACGCCAGACUGCUUCUUUGCCAGAGCCUCCAAGUACACCUCCACUUCUGCGACGGGCCAGCUACGACCAUGACGCAGAGCCGGCUGAUUAUGCGGACGCUUCCUUUGGGGAAGACGUCGAGAGCACUGCGGAUGGACUUGUCUCUGCGUCGCCCAGGGGGACAGAGGAGGGACCCUUUGGACCUCACCUUACUUCUUAA